GAAAAACAAACAAUUUUUUGUUAUACAGUGGAAAAUCGGAACUCGGCUUCUUUUUCUUUUUGCUGCUUUUAUCUUGCUUUUGUCUUUCAUGGUCUUCGAUGAAAGCUCAUUCUGUCCCCCCCUAUAUCUCUUUCGGCAAAUACGCAUAGUGUAGAGAGUCUCGGAGACUGCGAGGAGUCAAGAACAGGGAGAGCUACACAUCAAGCUAUAUCAGAAUAAUAAUGGAUGUGAGUCUGUAAUUAGAUGGACGAGUUGCAUCGAGCUUGACUCGCUCACUCACUCACUAGUCUUGCCUGUGCUGGAUGUACAAAUGGGUUCGGAGCAGCAUAGAUUUGCUCCCCUGCUGCAACAGCAUCCGCCACCGCCACCGCCACCGCCUCGUCUGUCCGGGUGUAAAAGAUGGGUCGGAUGUUGGAGUGGUUUGUCUUGUUUUGGCCGUCAAAAAGGUGGUAAGCGUAUAGUGCCUGCUUCUCGUAUCCCAGAGGCCAAUUCAUUGGGAAAUAGACCCCAAGUGGGGGGUGUCAAUAAUAACCACACCACAGGACUGGCACCAUCACUUUUGGCCCCGCCUUCUUCGCCUGCAUCUUUUUCAAAUAAUAAUUCAGCACUCCCUUCAACAGCUCCGUCCCCAAGGUGUUAUUUAAGUGCCAAUUCCCCUGGAGGCCCAUCAUCAACUAUGUAUGCUACAGGUCCAUAUGCCCAUGAAACACAACUGGUGUCCCCUCCAGUGUUCUCUACCUUCACAACUGAGCCAUCCACUGCUCCUUUCACACCUCCACCAGAAUUAGCACAUUUGACCACACCCUCUUCCCCAGACGUGCCUUAUGCUAGGUUCCUUUCCUCUGUGGGUGUUAAAUCCACUGAGAAGACAUCCCUUCUUGUUUCUAGUGAUCUUCAAUCAGCCUACUCGUUAUAUCCAGACAGCCCUGCUAAUUAUAAUCUCAGGUCACCUGCUUCAAGGGCCACUGGAGACUUCUUGCCAUCACCAUCUAGUGAAAGGGAGUUACCUUCUGUUGCUUCACAAAAGCUCAAGUAUCCACGGUCUGAUUCAGGAAGGCUCUAUGGACCUGAUACAGCGGGCAAUUCCAAAAUGUCACAUGAUUCAAAUUUCUUCUGCCCAGCUACAUUUGCCGAAUUCUAUGAUCAAUCAUUAUUUCCUCAUUCGGGAGGCAGGCUAAGUGUUUCUAAGGAGUCUGAUGCUUAUUCGAAUGCUGGAAAUGGUCAUCAGAGCAGGCACAGUAAAAGUUACAAGCAAGAGGCUGAUGAGAUUGAAGCUUAUCGAGCAUCUUUUGGUUUCAGUGCUGAUGAAAUGAUUACUACUUCCCAGUACGUGGAGAUUUCUGAUGUCACGGAUGAGUCAUUCAGCAUGGUGCCCUUGGCAUCCGAUAAGUGUCAAGGAAGGGAAAAUAUACAGAUCACGUCAACAGAAAAGAGGAACCAGUCAGAGAAAGCUCAAGAAAUCAUGUUCAUUCCACAAUAUUGUAAAUCAAGCUCAAAUGAUGCUGAUGUGCCAGGCAGUAAUUUGAAAGAUAAUUGUUCAAAAAGAGAUCUGAGUAAUGCAUAUGGACCCAAUAGACAUGAGCAGCCUCUUCUGAGUGAUGAUGAGGAUAUCUUCUCUAAUAUUGGAAAUUCCAGACAUUGUCGUAAAUACCCCCGUGGUUCGUCUACUUCCGAUGCAGAGGUUGAGUACAGAAGGGGUAGAAGUCUGAGAGAAGGCAAAGGCUGGGCUGCAUGGCAGGAGUAAUUUCUAGAUACUGGCUGGUAUUGUUUACUGCUUUCAUAUUUAGAACAUUUUGGGAUCGAGCCUCUGGUCUAACUUCUGCACUUGCUCAGUUCUAUGGUGUUUUAUCAACCUAUAAAAGGAACGGAAGUAGUCCGUCCCUUUAUUUGAAGUUUCCAUAGUAUAUGACAAUUGUAAUUGUAUGAUAUAUAUAACUUAAUGAAGGAGUCUAAAUGUCUAAUGGAACUUUUGUAAAGCCGUUUUCUAUAUUUUCGUAAGCAUAAAAGCCAUGCCACAGCCGUCUUUUUGGCCUGAUGAAGGUAUGGAUUUGUUUGAGCUUCACGGGGUUCUUAAUCACGGAACUAGCAAGGCCAUAGUUCAGGGAAUCCACAGCUUACACUGCACUCUUUUAAAUCUUUUUUAGGUGUGGUUGCUUUGUUAAAACAAGUCUUCAAGUUGAAUGAGUAAAGAUUCAGGAAAUAUGUACACCCCAGGAACUGAAUAUUGUGAAUUUGUAAGGUUUAAAUAUGAGAAUGGAUAACUCUACGGUUCUUUUCA